UUCUGCCCGUUUGUUUACCCCUCCCCUGCUGCCCCCUUCUCAAGCUCUCGAGGGAUCCAAAACCGGUUUCUAUAGCGCAGGAAGACUGCAUUGCCCUGGCUGGCGGUUGUCGAGGCAGCAAGCAAAGAGGGAAGAUACCUACAGAUCAAGGGAGCCAGGUCGCCAGGUCGCCAGGAACGUGGCUCCAGCGCGCAGUGACUCUCUUUGAAACAGCACCGAUUAUCCAACCAGCAUCACCCCAGCCGGCAUUGGCAUCAUGGCCCUGCGACCGCAUGAUCCGCGAUCGAACAACAACACGCGCGGGAUCUCGGAGCUGCGCGUGCUCGUGCUUCACAAGAAGUCCUUGAGCACGCAGCAAGCCGCCGGCCGGGACAACCACCACCACCACCACCCCGAAAGCUACGCCACCAAUGGCUUUGGCUUGAGUGCAGAGGAGGAAAAGAGGUUGGGGCUAUCCACCAGAAACGCAGCCUUCGGCGAGGACAGAGGCCGCCUGAGAAGGAGGAGGAAAGGCGGCUUGGCUGCAGCCGCGCGCACCGGUGGCGGCGGCGGCGGUGGCGUCGACUUGAAGGGGGCAGCGACGCAUUUUGCGUCCCAUCCUAGCACUCCGCGGCCCCCUGCCGCUCCAGCUACUCCUCCUCCUCGUAGUACCUAUUAUGAAUAUGCGUACGAGGAGGAUGAUUAUCCCGCAGCAGUGUCAAGCCCAGCAGGUGGCGCGACCGCCACCGACGCCAGCGGUCUUCCCGACACCCAGCCACAGGUGGCGCGGAACGUGUCCUUCAGCGAGGAAGUCAAGGAAGUGCAGAUCGAGAAUCGACGGCAGACGUACGGCAACAAGGCCAGCAGACGCCAACACUUCUACUCCAAGGCCGAGCUUGCCACCUUCAAGCGUGCCUGGCACUGCCACGUAAAGUCGAGCAGCAGGCCGGUGAAUGGGCUGAUGGCGUGCGGGUGCCCCGGCUGCGACUACGACUACGACGAAGGGCGGGCACCGCCGACCUUGCAAAAGGUAGUCCCACCCGCUGACUACAACCGUUGGGUAUGGGAGGGUUAGACAAGUGUUUGAAGCUAGAGUAUUUGGCUGCAAUUGACUUAUAAAUCUCUGCCGGAAGACGUGAAAUUUGUUUGGCUUUUCUCGUUGUAGAAGCUGGCGAAACUCGCCACGCUGAUCGAGCUGCUGUCGCGACUUUGCUUGAAGAGGUUGUGUGUUGUCGAAAGAGGGCGGCCGGAUCGCCUGAAGGGGAGGACCACCGAAAGAAAGUAGCACAUCAUGUCCGAUGCAGCACAGCGCAGCUUUUGGCUGACGAAGGUUCUCGUGAAAGACGUGUGCGAGAGAGUACAGACAUCUCUAGAUCAUCCUGUGCGUUGCGCUGUUGUUUGCAUUCCGCAUGUAUUUUCCCCAGUACAAUACAUGUCCUUGUCGUGCCAGUUAGUGUAUCUUUAGCUCAGCUGGGUGUAUUUCUUUCGCUCUGCGCGGCGUCCCCUUGUCGGUGUUUUUUUU